GAUGAGAUGGUUGUGACCCAGGGGCAUCCGUGGCCCCAAGAAGACGUUGGGAGGAAGCUGUCUUCUGGGGUCUGUGCUUGAGUGCUCAGGUCCAGCCACAUCGAGAACUUUCGAGAGCAGAACCUGCAGGAUGAGUGGAAAGAUACUGACCGGGUCUGGGCUCACAAUGGAACGCGAGGACGUGGAGAAGGACAACAGGGAGGUGUUGAGCUGGGACAUCAACGACAUCAAACUGCCCCAGAACGUGACGAGGACCGACUGGUUCCAGGAGUGGCCGGACUCGUACGUGAAGCACGUGUACAGCUCGGAGGACCGGAGCGCGCAGCGCCACCUCAGCAGCUGGGCCAUGCGCAACACCAACAACCACAACUCCCGCAUCCUCAAGAAGUCCUGCCUGGGCGUGGUGGUGUGCGGCCGGGACUGCUCCACCGCCGAGGGGCGCAAGAUCUACCUGCGCCCCGCCAUCUGCGACAAGGCCCGGCAGAAGCAGCAGCGGAGAUGCUGCCCCAACUGCAGCGGGCCCCUGAAGCUGAUCCCCUGCCGCGGCCACGGGGGCUUCCCCGUCACCAACUUCUGGAGGCAUGACGGGCGCUUCAUAUUCUUCCAGUCAAAGGGAGAACACGAUCACCCCAGGCCCGAGACCAAGUUAGAAGCCGAGGCAAGAAGAGCCAUGAAGAAAGUCCGCAUGGCCUCCGCCUCAGGCUCCUUAAAGGUGACAGGGAGCCGGGGAUCGCAGCCUCGCCCCGGGGAAGCCCAGAGCCAGGCCGGUUUGCCUUUAACUUGGUCAUUCCAGGAAGGCGUCCAGUUGCCUGGUAGUUACGGCGGGCCUGUAAUAGCUAACGCGGCCCCACAGAGCUCUCUGAACGACUGCUUCUCCUGCCCCAAGAGAAGUCACGACGUGGGGGAGACGGCGGCGCUGGCAGAGUCGCUGCCCGCCGGGGAGACACGCAAGGUGUCCGGCCGAAGACCCUGCCACGGAGCGGGUGCGCCCGUGUCCCCCGCCCCGGGGGGCCUCGUGGAUCAUGACCACGCGCAGGUCAGGCAGAGACAGGCCGCUUUGGAGAGAAGUCCCCUGAGUGACAGCUGCCACCCCUUCCCUCUGGCCGGCUGCCCCUGUGACUUCUUCCCCCCGCUGAGCCCCCUGGAGCCCUUCCCCCAGCACACGCCGCUGGAACCACCCGUGACCCACGCCGCCGGCCACCCCACGUGGCCAAGCCCGGGCGCUGAGCUGUACGAGGAGAGAGGGCCUGCGGAUUUCCACGGCUACGUGCCUUCCCCCACAGGCCCCGGGCCCCAGCAAGACCCCACAAUGCUGGGCUACGGCGCCCACCCAGCCCUGCAGUACCCGCUGCCCCCCCGGGGGUACAAAUGGGAUCUGGAUGAAGACAUGAUGUACACGGGUUUGGAUGCCUUCAACAACGAGAUGCUGCUCAACCUCUGUCCCUUCCGGUAACCUGCCGCCCCCCCCCCCGCAUUCCCCCUUCUCCUGAGUUUGGGAGCUGGCUGGAAGAUGUCCUUCCUUAGGAAAACGUUUCCAAAACGCAGAGCCGCUGCAGGCAGCACACGAAGCCUGCGUCGUACGUUCUCAUCCUGAGCGCUCAUCCGCUGAGGAAUGGAGACGGGAGCGCCGUGGGUGAGCUGCCGCAUCCCUGCUGCCUCCCCGGGCUUUGGGCUUUCAGAGGCUUUAUCUGUUGGGUUUUCUUAGUCCACCGUACAAAGAAAAUAGAGUAACUUAGAAUUUCAUCCACACAUUCUCGGGAACUGAAAUGAAGACACGGAGACAGAGGAAGCACCGUCUUCUUCCAUGAAGUAUUUAAUGCUCUGACUGUGAUGCGGUCCAUUCAUUAAAAAUGUGCUUUUUAAAGCCGGGCGUCCGUGGCUCAUGCCUGUAACCCUAGCUGUUCAAGAGGCUGAGAUCUGAGGAUCAAGGUCUGCAGUCAGCUGGGGCGGACAAAUCUGAAAGACUCAGGCCAACAAACGCCCAGGAGUGGGGCUCAAGGGGCAGAACACAGCAGCCUGUAGUGAAAAGGCUAUGCAAGAACAUGAGGUCCUGAGUUCAAGCCCCACGACUGGCAUCAAGAAAAAACAAAGUUUUCUAGUCAAUUGUAAGACUUGUCAAGAUGAGAAUCAUGACCCAACGGUAUUAUUUAUAAAGCUAACGAGUGGCAAAACUCAGGGACACAGGAAGAGGACUCCAGUGGUGCUGUUUCUGUUUUCCUUCCCCCUCCCCUCCCUCCGGUCCCUUCACACUAGAGCUUACUUCUGACCCAUUGACCUCCAUUCUUUAGGGCAUCUAACUUGGUGCCGGUUCAUAAUAUGGGAGAAAUGCUUUCUUAGGGGCGGAGGGCUAGGGCUUAGAGGUGGAGCCUGUAUUUAGCUGUAUGGGGCAUGGGGUUUAAGACCCAGCAACAACAGAAAAUAAGAAGGAGAUGCCUCUGUACAGUUAGCAUGGCCAAGUGGCCAUGUAUAAAUGCUGAAGUCCUUUGGAAUGAAGGCAAGCCCAGACCUAAACUCUGAA